AUGAUCAGUGAAGGCCCUAUCAAGUUCGAAAAAAACACAGUCAUAUCUGUCUUCGGUGCGUCCGGUGACCUGGCCAAGAAAAAGACCUUCCCCGCCCUGUUUGGGCUCUUCAGAGAGGGCUAUCUGGACCCGUCCACCAAGAUCUUCGGCUACGCCCGGUCCAAGCUGUCCAUGGACGACCUGAAGUCCCGGGUGCUGCCCCACCUGAAGAAACUGCACGGCGAGGCCGACGAUGUCAAGAUCGAGCAGUUCUUCAAGAUGAUCGACUACAUCGCGGGCAAUUACGACACGGACGAAGGUUUCGACGAGCUCAGAACGCAGAUCGAGCGGUUCGAGAAACGCGCCCAGGUCGACGUCCCACACCGUCUCUUCUACCUCGCCUUGCCGCCAAGCGUCUUCUUGACCGUGGCCAAACAGAUCAAGAGCCGGGUCUACGCCCAAAACGGCAUCACCCGUGUCAUCGUGGAGAAGCCCUUCGGCCACGAUCUGGCCUCUGCCAACGAGCUGCAGGAGAACCUGGGCCCGCUGUUCAAGGAGGAAGAGCUGUUCAGAAUCGACCACUACCUGGGCAAGGAGUUGGUCAAGAACCUCUUGGUGCUGCGUUUCGGUAACCAGUUCUUGAACGCUCCCUGGAACAGAGACAACAUCCAGAGCGUCCAGAUCUCGUUUAAAGAGCGCUUCGGCACCGAAGGCCGUGGCGGCUAUUUUGACUCCAUAGGCAUAAUCAGAGACGUCAUGCAGAACCAUCUCUUGCAGAUCUUGACCCUCUUGACCAUGGAGAGGCCCGUCUCGUUCGACCCGGAGUCCAUCCGUGAUGAGAAGGUCAAGGUCCUCAAGGCCGUCGCGCCCAUAGACACAGACGACGUGCUCUUGGGCCAGUACGGCAAAUCGGAGGACGGCUCCAAGCCCGCCUACGUCGACGACGACACCGUCGAAAAGGACUCCAAGUGUGUCACUUUCGCGGCAAUGACUUUCAACAUCGAAAACGAGCGUUGGGAGGGCGUCCCCAUCAUGAUGCGCGCCGGGAAGGCCCUCAACGAGUCCAAGGUCGAGAUCCGCCUGCAGUACAAGGCGGUCGCCUCCGGUGUCUUCAAAGACAUCCCCAACAACGAGCUGGUCAUCAGAGUCCAGCCCGAUGCCGCCGUCUACCUGAAGUUCAACGCCAAGACCCCCGGUCUGUCCAACGCCACCCAGGUCACGGACCUGAACCUGACCUACGCAAGCAGGUACCAGGACUUCUGGAUUCCCGAGGCGUACGAAGUGUUGAUAAGAGACGCCUUGCUGGGCGACCACUCCAACUUCGUGAGAGACGAUGAACUGGAGAUCAGCUGGGGCCUCUUCACCCCACUACUAAAGCACAUAGAGCGUCCAGACGGCCCAACACCGGAAAUUUACCCUUACGGUUCAAGAGGCCCAAAGGGCUUGAAAGAGUACAUGCAGAAGCACAAGUAUGUCAUGCCUGAAAAGCAUCCCUACGCUUGGCCAGUGACUAAGCCUAAGCCUGAUGCUAAAAAAGAUAAAUAG